ACAAAACAGAAGACUACGCCGCUCUUUCUCUCCUUCUACUUCACAGUCUUAUUGUUCUGCACCUUCCCGUCGCUUCCGUGCGUGGCCAUCGCCUCUGCAGCACUCCUGCUCUUCAACCGUGGUACCGGCCAGGUUCGGGUUCCAUGAAUUGAAUGAAUUUGUGAUUAAACUCCAGUAGUAUGCGGGUAAUUCUAAAUGGAUUCGGAUACUUAAAUUGAUAUCGGGUUCGGAUUUGGGUAGUUGAUUUUUGGCGGGUACUCGCCCCGCAGCCAUCCCUACUUGAGAGAGGAAAGAGGGGAACUGUGUGAUAGAGAAAAAACAGUAGCGGCAGAUGGGAGCUGGAAGUAGGAGGUCACAAGGCAGAGGUGGAGGCGGCAGGAACCAAAGGAUGCUUAAGCAUCAUAUAGACUCUUGCAAGAAAAAAUUCUCAACCUCAGAUGAUAUUGCCCACCACCUCCGCCAAAACCACUCCAACUACCGGCGUAUGGAGCUCAAGACCUUGAUUAGACUCGUUAACCAAAUUCUACAUCCUUCAUCACCAUCGCCAUCAUCAUCAUGCAAAAGGUCUUCCUCUCUGUGGCAACAUGAAGAAGAGGAAGAGGAGGAGGAUGAGGAGGGUGUUUCCAUUUAUCCUAGUCAAUCUCGUAAAAGAAGGAAGCGAACUGAUGAUAGCGAAAAGAGAUUGCUGCAAAUCGAAAAUGAUCAUACCAAAAGGAUUGACCAAAAUCAGCCGACACCCUCCUCAUUGGAAUCGGAGUCAGACUCAGAGUCAUUGCCUUCUUCUUCAGCUGUUUCAACUUCGGAGGAUGGAAUUUAUGGAGAGAAAGUGGAGCCGGAGUUUGAUUUGAUGCAAUCAAUGUUACGCCAGAGUUAUGCCACCGAAUCAAAAGAGAAAGAGAAAGGGAAAGAGAAAGAAAAAGAGAAGGAGAAGAAUAUUGAAAUGGAGGUUGCUAGUAAUAGCAAAACCAAAAAUAAGGUUGACAUUGUAAAUUCAUGCAAAGGUGAAGAAGAAGCCAGUAGAUUGGGGGCUGAUGUGAGAAAUGAGUGGAAAGGGAAGGGACAGUUGUUUGAUACUGAUAGUGUGGAGGUUAAGGGGAAGGAUGGGCCUAGGUUCAGGGACUUAGGAGGAAUGCAGUCAGUGUUGGAGGAAUUGGAGAUGGAGGUGUUUUUGCCUCUGUAUCAUCCUCAUGUGCUGCAGCGGCUUGGAGUCAACCCGAUAGGUGGGAUUUUACUCCAUGGGCCGCCGGGUUGUGGUAAGACCAAAUUGGCUCAUGCAAUUGCCCAUGAGACUGGAGUUCCCUUUUACAAGAUUUCAGCUACAGACGUCGUUUCUGGGGUUUCAGGUGCAUCCGAGGAAAAUAUCCGAGACCUGUUCUCCAAAGCAUACAGGACUGCUCCAUCAAUUGUUUUCAUUGAUGAGAUUGAUGCAAUUGCUUCAAAGAGAGAAAAUCUACAGAGGGAGAUGGAGCGAAGGAUUGUGACACAAUUGAUGACAUGCAUGGAUGAAUUUCAUAGACUUUUACAACCAGCUGAUGCAAAUUCAGACUUAGAAAGUUCUGACAAAAAAACUGGCUAUGUUCUUGUAAUUGGAGCUACCAAUAGGCCUGAUGCCAUUGACCCUGCAUUAAGGCGGCCUGGAAGAUUUGAUCGUGAGAUUAGGUUAGGCGUGCCAGAUGAGAAUGCUAGGGGUUGAAUUCUGUCAGUCCUACUAAAAAUGUUACUCUUGAAGGUUUCUCUUGUCGUUUUACAUAAAGCUAGGUUAUCGCCAGGUUUUGUUGGAGCUGACUUGCAUGCUUUGGUUGACAAGGCUGGUAAUCUUGCCAUGAGGAGAAUCCUUGCCCAGAGAAAGUCUGAGCUAACCAGAGAAUAUCCAAACAAGGAAUGUCCUGAAGAAUGGUGGAAAAUACCUUGGUUGCCUGAGGAAAUUGAAAAGCUUGCCAUUACAAUGGCUGACUUUGAGCAAGCAGCUAAGAUGGUUCAACCCUCUUCAAGAAGAGAAGGAUUCUCUACCAUUCCUAAUGUGAAAUGGGAAGAUGUUGGCGGGCUUGAAUCUAUAAGGAAUGAGUUUGACCUUCACAUAGUUAGGCGUGUUAAAUAUCCUGAGGAUUAUCAGAAAUUUGGAGUGAAUUUAGAGACAGGAAUUUUGCUUUAUGGCCCUCCAGGAUGUGGUAAAACACUGAUUGCAAAGGCUGUUGCUAAUGAGGCUGGAGCUAAUGGAGCUAAUUUCAUUCACAUCAAGGGUCCUGAACUUCUGAAUAAAUAUGUUGGAGAAAGUGAACUGGCAGUUCGGACAUUGUUUGGUCGUGCAAGGACCUGUGCGCCAUGUGUUCUUUUCUUUGAUGAGGUGGAUGCUUUGACAACAAAGCGCGGGAAAGAAGGGGGCUGGGUCGUUGAGCGGCUGUUAAAUCAGUUACUUAUAGAGUUAGAUGGUGCAGAUCAGCGGCCAGGUGUUUUUAUCAUUGGUGCCACUAACAGACCUGAGGUGAUGGACCCUGCUGUCUUACGACCUGGUAGGUUUGGAAAACUUCUUUAUGUCCCGCUCCCCAGUUCAGACGAUCGAGGAUUGAUUUUGAAGGCCCUUUCAAAGGGAAAACCUAUUGAUCCCAGUGUGGAUUUGAGCGCCAUUGGUCUGAUGGAAGCUUGUGAAAAUUUAAGCGGGGCUGAUCUUAAGAAGCUGAUGGAUGAAGCUGCGAUGGCUGCUCUAGUUGAGGCAAAAAGAAAUAGCUGCUCAGAUGAGAGCCCAUGCACAAUCAAGGCGACUCAUUUUGAGCAAGCACUAAAUAAAAUUUCUCCAUCUGUCUCGCACAAGCAAAUACAAUAUUACAAGGUUUGGUCAGAGAGCUUUAAAACCACAUGAGACAGAACAAAGAAACAAAAUGUUAUUUACAUUACAUGUCUUCAUGCAGUCGCUAUGAUGCCUAACACCUGUCCAUAGAGGAAGUCGAGAGCAAGUUCUCAUGCGAUGGAUGAAAAUUUUGACCUGCAUCACCAUUUUGGGUGAAAAUUUUGUUUAAUUGUAGAUUUUGCAUUUCAGGUUUUCAAAUCAGUGGAAAGAAAGACGCCUUUUGUAUAGAUUUCUUUUAUAUUAUUAUUAUUAUUAUUAUUUAUGAUUCAUUCGGUUUUAAA